AUGACUGCCAAAUAUCUCAUCCUCUUCCCCAGAGGCUCCAUCUUCAAUAAAGAGCACUACCUCAAAGUGCACAUGCCUCUGAUCGCCAAGCAUUACCCGGACGAUUUCUUGAGCUGGGAGGCCGUUGAGCUGGCUGCAGAUGCUGCCUACGAAAUCGCUACCCGCGUCGAAUGGACCACUGCUGAGGCUUUCGAGUCUCUGCACCAUUCCGAGGCUGGUAAGGAGAUCUUCGCCGACAUUCCGAACUUCGCCAGCGCUCCUGCCAUCUUCAUCAAGGAGGAGAAGGUUCUUGGUAGCGGUCCCUGA